ACAGGCUCCAGCGGGGGGGGGGAGAUUUCUGUGCAGGUGUCCUUGUAUUUUCUGACACCUCGGAGACAGGACUCGACCGUAAGUAGCCUAAGACUGUUGAGGAAGAAUCAAAGCUGAUAACAUAAUAAAUGUUUGAUCUGCCAUGAAAUCCGAAAAGAGCAGCAACGGAAAGAUAUGCUCGUCUGGAUGAGAGACCCCCGCUGGGUGAAGACACGCAGCGUAUGUUAGCUGAGCCGUGAAAGCUCGCUGCCAUUGACUGGAGCUCAGGCUGAAAUGGGAGCAAAGCGAUGAAGACCGAUCGCAGGGGAGUGAGCAUCCUCGAGCAAAAAUAUCGCAUCACUGAUCAUUUCACGUUAUUAGACAUCAAUUCCAGAUUAGCAGAACGCGAUAUUUGCCACUACCCGGACAAUUCGCCGUCGAUGCAAAGGGUUUGAACGGUGGCAUUUAUCUCUUUUUUUCCCUUCUGUUUUUCAUUCUGCAGAUGUGCGCUGCAAGAGGAAUAUGGCCUGUUCGAUGGGUGAAAUGUUGAGGGAUUAAUCACUGAUCAUGAUGAAAAGCAAAUCAGUGCUGACCAUUUCCAGCUACUCGUGGAUGAGUCUUCUGGACUAUUUUCACAUGUUAUGGAUGAUAUGUCACGUUAGAUGAAAUGUAUUUCAGGACAGUGUGCACCUGAAAAUCACUGACUAAGACUACCUGCUACAGCAGCUUAUUGUUCUCACUCCCUAAAGAUCAAAGCACCCCACAGCUGCUUUUCUCUCCUGUUUAGGAUGGGACUAACCUGACUUUAUGUUAACACUCUGCUGGGCGUCACAUGAACAAUGUCAAGUUCUCAGCAGCCUGAUGUGGGCACAAAUGUCACUGAUGUUCCUGGGCAGCUUGGUUUCACCAGCUCCAAUCAGGACCCGGUCUGGUCCUCCAUUGUUAACAGUGUGGUGAAGAUGGUGCUCAUAUCUCUGAUUGUCUGCGUGUCUUUGUUUGGGAAUGUGAUUGUUCUGCUGGUGUUCCAAAGGAAGCCUCAGCUCCUUCAUGUGGCCAACCGCUUUGUCCUCAACCUCCUCCUGGCAGACCUACUUCAGACUAUAUUAGUCAUGCCCUUUGCUAUUGCAGCUACCAUGCCAAGUGUGUGGCCUCUGGAUGCUCGGCUGUGCCAGGCCCUGGUGGUGCUCAUGCACUUGUUUGCAUUUGCAGGGGUUAACACCAUUAUAGUUGUGUCUGUGGAUCGCUACCUGGCAAUUAUUCACCCUCUUUCUUAUCCCACUCGCAUGACCCCUCACUUGGGCACCAACCUGAUCAUCUGCACCUGGGUGCUCAGUUUCCUGCAGAGCACACCUCCUCUCUAUGGCUGGGGGACCAUAGACUUUGACCAACAUCACAAUAUCUGCUCAGUGGUGUGGUCUUCUAGUCUGUCCUACUCUGCUGUGGUGUCUACCUUUUCUUUCUGGCUUCCUGUGCUCAUCAUGCUCGGAUGUUACUGGAUGGUUUUCAGGGCAGCCCGGAGGCAGAACGCUCUUGUACACCCCAUACAGACACAGUCCUACUCUCAGCCCUGCCCGCAGGACUUCCAGGCACCUAGCAGCCCACAGCAGCGAUGCCAGCCCCAGCAGCCCAGUUCACCGGAGGGACCUUACUCAGCCAGAAGAUACCCAGUUCGAGUUAGACACAGGCGCUUUCACUACCACUGCAAGGCAGCCCGUGUGGUUUUCGUGAUCAUGGCUUCAUACAUCUUCAGCAUGGGUCCUUACACCAUUCUGAAUACUAUAUCUAUGUUCACCAGAGCAGCUAUACCCUCAUGGUUAUCCUCCCUUGCCCUUGUACUCUUCUUUUUACAGUGCUGCCUACAUCCUUAUAUUUAUGGCUACAUGCACCGUAGCGUAAGAAAAGAAUUUCUGGCUUUACUCUGUGGGUUGUUCUGCAAGCAGGGCCGUCCCAACCAGAGCUCUGCUGUGGAAAGCUGCUUCACUACGACUGAGGGACGCUCCACCGCUCACCCUCACCUGCCCAGCUUGGCUGCUCGAAUCGUCCCUCUGCGGACAUGGGAAGAGUGCACAACAUCGUCCUCUCCCACUUUUGAGAGGAAGUCGAGAGACAGUCGUAAGGAGACCACCUCUACCAGUAUCAGCUCUGAGAAGGAACUUACAGUCAACAGCAAACAAAGCACAUAAACUGCCAUGCAUCAGACAGACCAUAGUUGCUCUUACUUUAGGACGCUGUCAUGCAGCAUGUUCAUAGUUCUCAGCAGGUCGCUGGAAUUACAAACAGAAGUAUCAUCAUUUAUCACCAACAUAUGAUAUUUUACCACUUUGUUAAAAUCUCUGUUAAGUUAUUGCUACUGGGAAAAACCUAGGCACAGUAGUUGUUGUGUUAACGUGUAAAAGAACAAAUCGUAGGAAAGAGUUAUUGUGUUUCAUAUGUAAAUGCAUUUUUAAGCGUUACCACAUGUGCCACAUAAAGACUGUGUGCAGCUGUUAAAGUUUGUGCAAUCCAUCAUUCUUGCAAACAUAAUAAUGCUUGCGAGAGUGAACUCACUACUGUUAUUUAAAAUGGGCAUUUAAAUCAGUCUAAAUUCAAAUGAUUCUCAAUCUGCACGUGUAAAAUAGGAAGUUGCUCUUAUGUUCGGACCACUCUAAUUAUCAGAUGUCUCUGAUGGCGUGUAAAUGUGUCCACACAAUUGUCUCCUUUAAACUUUUUGUGUCCUGCUGGAGGUGCAGGAUAGCGGACCUUGUCUGCAAGCAAAUUUUGCUUGUAAUUUUCCAACUCAGGGUAUUGCUUGUAGGGAAAAAAAAAGGAAUAGAUCCCACCUUGAACCUCGGGUGGGAGAAUAUGUGUUAAAGUCCCUAUCACAGUAACUGCUCUUAGUCGCAAAGCGCCUUUUGAAAAAACAAUUAGAAAAGUGAUUUAUUGUGCCUGUCAGUGAGAGCUUACAAGUGUUGGUGAUUCCCUUUCUCUCAUGGGAUGGCCACACAUUCACGUUUGUCUUAGUCCUUUGUUUCUUUUAUCUACAGCGUAACUGAUGUGGAAAUUUUCCUUUUAUUUCAUACCACUUAAUAUUUGGACUUGGUGUUUGAUGCCUUUCAAAUGUUGGCGUGGGGAAAGGGGCGAGUAUUUUUGUGUGAUAAAAACAUGCAUGUUGCAAGAUCUUUAACAGAUUUCUUAUAUUCCAUUGAGCACUUGUAGACUUGUGAUGAUACCUCAUGAUAAAGUAUUUCUAAAGGAAAAGAAACUGUGUGCCUAAAGCCACGGAUGCUUGCCACGACUCCUCUCAGAGAAAGGUAAAUCAUUAAGUUAGAAGUUUGCUAUGAUCCAUCACCAUAUUAUGUGCAUUUAUUUAAGUGUCUAGUGCCAAGUUUCUAGGUACCUUCUCAGAAAAUGAAAAGAAAAAAAAGAUUUGGCACAAUGUGCUCCUGGUGUACUCUUAUCACUAGACUGUCGUAGUUUCUGAGAUCUGUAAUGUACUUCACCUUGAACUAUUUAACAGGUUACUGAGGAAAUUCAAACUACAGUAUUAAAAGUUGACAAUCAAACUUGGGUAACGAGUUUGUUAGAGGCUCUGUAAAGGACAGUGUGUGUUUAAGUAUACUAAAAUAUAAGAUAAAAUGUUUAAUAGCCUUUGAAAAGUGCAUAUUUUUGUGAUUUCUAUUGUGCUUUUGUAAUAUUUUCGUUUUCAUUAUUUAACAUCAAACAUUGUCUGUUGUUUAAUAAAAGUACAUUAUAUGUAAUGCGUACAAAAGCAUGACUUUACAUACAACAUACCAAAAAAUGCUUGAGUAUCAGGCUGGCUUUAGGUUUGAGAAGGAUCUUAAAAAGCAUAUUGAGCUAUUUGCAUUCCUUCCUGGAUCUCUUUAUAAUCUGCUGACUUUUGAGUGGGUUAAUAACAGAAUUUAAGACUAAAUCUACAAACCUUGUUGGACUUAAGAAGUGUUCAAUUUUUAAACCCUUACUUAAGUACAUGUUUCACAAUUUGAGGUUAUAUGUUUUGCACAAUAUUUUGUUUUAAAAUAAGAAAUUUAUGAUUUGAUUUUUUUUUAUAAAAUAUUCAAUCACUAUCUGUGACUGAGGAGCUAGGGCAGGGCUAAGAGUAGCACAUUGCACUGCAUCAAUAAUUAUCUCUUUUACAGCGUUUCCCCCAAGCACAUUAUUUUGCCUUUUGAUUUUGCUCCAGCCAAGAAAACGAAUCAGCUGAACGAUA